AUGUCUACCUCCAAGCGGUUGCUGACGAAAAAUUUAAUGCAAAAAGAAAACGCCUUAAGGAUGGAAGGUGACCCAUGUUCGGGUGGAAAGCGGAGCAAAGAACGCAUUAUGGUAGCAAGCAAUAUGUCAGGCACGGAGAAGCUGCCUUUGCUUGUUAUCGGUAAGGCUAAGAAGCCGAGAUGCUUUAACAGCGUCAAGUCUUUGCCAGUCGAUUACACAAGCAAUAGUAAAGCCUGGAUGUCUUCAGAGGUGUUCAAUUCUUGGCUUAAAAAAAUAGAUAAUAAAUUUAUCUCAGCUGGAAGAAAAAUUGUAAUGUUUAUUGAUAAUUGCCCUGCACAUCCCAAGGCAGCGGCAAAUAACUUAACUGCAAUUAAAUUGGAAUUUCUUCCUCCGAACACAACUUCUAUCAUGCAGCCUAUGGAUCAGGGCAUCAUAAAAAAUUUAAAGGUUCACUACAGAAAACGUGUUGUAUUAAAAAUUCUACAGUGUCUGGAAGAGAAUUCGGUUCCUUGCAUUACUUUGCUCGACAGUCUCCGGGAACUGCGGAAAGCAUGGAGUGAUGUUACACAACAGACAAUUGUUAACUGUUUUAAAAAGGCUGGUUUUAAGGAUAAUUUAAGUAUUCCUAAAGAUACU